AGACGAAGUUGAUCGACCAUCGGCUGGUACAUCAAUAUACUCUGGAUACCAUCACCACCGCCGCCGCCGCCGUGCAGUGUAUGAUUGAUUGCGUUCGGCAUCGAUGUCGCUCUUGAACCAAAUCUUUAAUAGGGGACUUAUCGGCGCAAAAUGUAAAACAUGCCUGACCUUGGCCAUAUCACGGAUAAAAUUGCUUCAAAAUAAGAGGGAUAUGCAGCUGAAGCUUAUGCGCAAGGAAAUAGCUCAGUUUCUUCAAUCUGGGCAAGAAUCGAUUGCUAGGAUACGAGUGGAGCAUAUUAUAAGAGAACAAAAUAUAUGGGCUGCGUAUGAGAUCUUGGAGAUGUUCUGUGAGUUCGUUCUUGCACGAGUUCCUAUUAUUGAAAGCCAGAAGGAAUGUCCGUUGGAGUUAAAGGAGGCAGUUGCAAGCAUAAUCUUUGCAGCUCCUAGAUGCUCAGAUUUGCCAGAUUUGUUGAGUGUUAGAAAUUUGUUUGCCACAAAGUAUGGGAAGGAGUUUAUUUCAGCUGCCUCUGAGCUUCGCCCUGAUACUAGUGUCAACCGUACAAUAAUUGAGAAACUUUCAGUUUAUACUCCCUCCGGUGAUGUGAAGCUCAAAGUCUUAAAGGAAAUUGCACAAGAGUACCAUGUCUCAUGGGAUUCUUCUAAAACUGAAGCUGAAUUCAACAAAAUGCCUGAGGAUCUUUUGAAUGGGCCAAAGCAAAUACCGGCUGCGACGGCACAAUUCCCUGAGAAUCGUAAAGAAUCCCCUAAAGCCGUACAUCGUCCGCCAGCAAUCAGUAGUCAACGAGGAUCCGUCCAGGCUCUUCAACCUCCCAUAACCGCCAUGUCAUCAAGUCCUACCAAACCCAAACAAGCAUCAGCUGAGAGUCAGGGAAGACCGUCAGAGUCACCUGAUGUCUUGGAGAAAGCUCGUGCUGCCAUUGCUGCUGCAGAUCGUGCAUCAGCCGCUGCUCGUGCCGCUGCUGAAUUGGUUAAUAUCAAUUUUAAACCGCUUACGUUAGAAGGGGGGAUAGUUAAUUCUACAUAAGUUUAUACAAACUGUGAACUCUCUUUUUAUGGUGUGGAGUGAAUGUCUAGUUUUUUCUUGUGAUAGUUGGGAAUGAAAAGGUUUGAUCAUCCUGUAUUUGCUAGAAUUGUGCAAACUUAACUUAGACUCGUUACUAAAGAAAUAUGCAAAUAUAUGGGUUAUUUUGUUA